AUGUCUGUUCCUCGUCAUACACCAUGCGCUGUCUGCGGUGGCACACCAAACGGGAGUAGGUACGGACCAGUAACCUGCCUCGGGUGUAUUGUAUUUUUUCGAAGGGCAAUUCAGAAAGGAAAACUGCAACAUUGCGAAAAACAGUGUUGGCGGGAAGUUGGACUCGACACAAGAUCAUGUUGUCGCAGUUGUAGACUACAAAAAUGUCUCAGUGCUGGAAUGAAUCCGAAUGCAAUUCAAAAUCGAGACAAACUCGGACCUCGUCAACCAAGGCGAUUGGACGAGAUUCUGGACAAUAUUGACACAGAUUUCGAUGGUUUACUACAGUUGCAGAGAAAACAGCGUGAACUCCAUCAAAGAUACAGUAACUCGAACAAAAAGGAAAACAUAAAACAUAGGCUUUACCGCCGCGCAAAACCAUACGACAUUGAUUUGGUUCUCAAAUUGAGCUUCCGAAAUGCAAUUGAUUGGGCUAAACAGUUCAACUCUUUCUGGAAUUUAAAUGACGUGGAAAAGAAGCUGAUAAUGUCGGAAUUUGGUAUUGCAUUUUUACUGAUAGAUCAAGCGUAUAAAACAUCAUGUAAAUCUGAGAAAGGAUUUUGGCUACUUCAAAAUGACAGUUUUUUACAUUCCGAUUAUUUUCUUGGUAUACCAGUUGAAGAUGUUCAAAACGAGAAUGCCGUGUUGCAGUCUACGUAUCAUUCGGAGUUUGUCAACGAUUUAUUGGGAGCGAUUAAACAUCCUUUUUCGAUCUUAAAAAUUGAUAAACUCGAAUGCGUCAUAUUGAAAAUUUUACUACUUUUGACACCUUCAUUUCCUGGAAGAGUGAAACUUGAAGAUUCUGAAAAAAUGAUUUCGAAGUGUAUGUCGAACUUGAUGAGUUACUCCUUUAAGAAGUGCCCCGAUAACGGAAUGGCUGUUCCAGAUAACAAAUUAGUUUCAUGUGGAAUACCAAAAUCCAUGUCUCAAUUGACAAUCAAUAUAAUGUGUUUAUUGUAUGAUGAAGACAGUUUUUCAGCUGAAAGUAACAGUUUGAACGACACUUGGGUAAAUAAACGAGAUUGCUUAGAAGAAAACGAGUUCCGAAACCCAACACCUCAACUAUUGAAUGACAACGAGACUGUGCGGUUUGCCUUCAUUCGAGAUCCGAUUCAAAGAUUUAUCUCAAUGUAUUUGGAUAAGUGUGUUCGAUCGAAGGAGAAAUAUUGCUUUGAUUGUGGCACCAACAUGAGAUGUGUUGUACAAGGAGUCUACGAUGAAUUGAAAAAUCUUCAGAACUAUCGACAUGAAUUCCAGAAAUCUGGCGUUAGCAUCAUGGCGCAACAUGCUGCUCCUCUUUCAUGGAAUUGCAAUUUUGAUCGAGGGCUAGAAAAGUGGCAUUUGCUGAUGAUGGGCUCAGAUUUUGAGGAAAGGAAAUCUUCGAUUUCACAUUUAACCAAUAUUUUGAAAAGACAAGGAUUUAAUGAAAGUUUAGUGGAGAAAAUUCAACAGGAUACUUUAGCUGGUGAAACUGCUCACGGAACCCAUACUUCUCCUCAUCGAGUCGAAGCUGAACGACAAGUACGUGAAGACCCAUUUAUAAGAGAUCUACUGCACAAAAUCUAUUUCUUCGAUUACCUGAUAUUCCCUUUCAAACGGGACGGUUUGGACGAAAAGUAUCGGACAAAUUUCUGGACUAUUCCAAAGUAA